CAAAUUCGUAAAUACCCUCUCUUCUCAGUCGCUGAUUUCGCAUCUUUACACUUUUUUCUACCCGAAAAGACGCCUUUGAUAUGCAAACUAUAAAAUGUGUUGUUGUUGGUGACGGUGCUGUUGGAAAGACGUGUCUGCUCAUUUCUUACACAACCAACAAGUUUCCUUCCGAAUAUGUUCCUACAGUAUUUGACAAUUAUGCUGUAACUGUGAUGAUCGGAGAAGAACCAUAUACUUUAGGACUUUUUGAUACUGCUGGUCAGGAAGAUUACGACCGUCUUCGACCUCUGUCGUAUCCACAAACAGACGUUUUUCUUGUUUGCUUCAGCGUUACUUCACCAGCAUCAUUUGAGAACGUCAAAGAAAAGUGGUUCCCAGAAGUGCAUCACCAUUGCCCAGGCGUGCCUUGCUUGAUUGUAGGAACACAGGUCGAUUUGCGAGAUGACCCAACCGUCUUGGAGAAGCUUAACCGACAGAAACAAAGACCCAUUACCUUUGACGCCGGUGAGAGACUGGCACGAGAACUUGGUGCUGUUAAAUAUGUUGAAUGCAGUGCGUUGACACAAAGAGGUCUUAAAAAUGUUUUUGACGAAGCGAUUGUAGCUGCACUGGAACCUCCUGUCAAGAAGAAGUCUAAAAAGUGCAUUAUGCUCUAGGGAACAAUAUAUAAAUUUCCACUAUAGUAAAAAUCACCUUUCUGGACUCUAGAACUU